AUGUCAUUCAUCCCCAGUGUUGCCAUCGUGGGCACUUAUUUCUCAACGCGACGAUCCACUGCGCUAGGUUUGGCUGCCACCGGCUCAAGCAUCGGAGGCAUCAUCUACCCCGUCGUGCUGAGGCGCUUGAUCGUCCAGAUUGGACUGCCCUGGGCGUUCCGAGUCAUGGCGUUCAUCAUGUUAGGAACGCUCCUGAUCUCGGUCGCUGUUAUGAAGCCUCGCCUUCCACCUCGAAAGUCAGGCCCGCUGAUCAACAUCGAGUCGCUCCGGGACCCUAUCUUCGUCAUUUGGCUCUUAGCCGUAUUCUUCAUUUUCAUCGGUCUAUAUAUCUCAUUCUUCUAUGUCGAGCAGUACGUCCCCGGUCGUGUCAUGCCGUCCAUCAUCGCCGACAAGAUUGGUAACCUGUCGGUCAUGAUCUCAUCCGUCCUGCUCACCGUCUUUGUCGGCUUGACGAGCGGCUCUAUCCAGGCUGUGCUUCCCGCAACCAUCGUCUUCCUCUGCCCCAAUCUGUCUAAGUUGGGCACCAACAUUGGCAUGAACCUCUUUGCGUCGGGUUUGGGAUUGUUGAUCGGUAGCCCUGUGGCGGGUGCGAUUCUAGACCAUCAGGGAACGUCCGAGGGAGAUGUCUUCUGGGGUACGCGGACAUUUUCCACGCUCUUCAUCUUUGCUGGAGGUGUGUGCGUAAUCAUUGCUCGCGUGGUCAAGGUGGGAUUCGCUUUGAAGAAGGCUUGA